CACAAACCAUUCUGGUCAUGGAGCAUAGUGUUGUUUUCAGCACAGUGCCAACAAGAGUCAAACUGGUGCGCAGGGUAGACAGGGUGGGUUUCUGAUCCCUUGCCUUGGUUUCUGUAGUGAGAUGAUCUGAGGUCAACUGAUUUGGAUGUUCAGGGUUUGACCAUGGAGGACUCUGUUGAAGUCAUUCUUCAGGAUAAUAGGUCCAAGUUCUCUCAUCACUCUCCAGACAAGCCAAUCCUCACGGCUGCCUCGGGAGCUUUGCUAAUGAGCUUUUAUGGGCUUUGGAGUAUUUUUGCCCUCCCUGGCUUUCGGAAAGUGCCAAUAAAUCUGAAGGUGCCAUACUUGCCCUCAAGUGGCGUGCAGACCCAGAACGUCAUGCGGCUCCUGCAGGGCAGAGCAGGCUCUCUGGCCGACCUAGGCUCUGGAGAUGGAAGACUGGUGUUUGCUGCCUCCUCACAGGGCUUCCAGUGUACUGGGUUUGAAAUAAACUCCAUUCUGGCAGGCUACGCCAGAGUUAAAGCACGAUGGAUGGGAAUUCCAACAACAACAGCAAGAUUUGUCAACAAGGACUUCUGGAAGACCAAUUUGUCUGGAUAUAAGAAUGUGACGGUUUUCUUGGCACCUGGAGUGAUGGAGGUCUUGGGCAGGAAGCUGGAGGAGGAGUUAGGAGAUGAUGCUUGUGUAAUCGCCUGUCGUUUCCCGUUUCCUGACUGGCCUGCUGCAGCGUCUGAAGGGCAGGGACUGGACCAGGCCUGGGCCUACGACAUGGCCAACGUGCGCAAACCCCAACAUGAGCUCCAACAGGACCAUGUCAGGUCUCAAAUCUUCAAGUAUUUCCUCACUGCCAAAUCUAUGUUUAUGAACUGACAAGGGCUAAAUUGCUUCAACCUGCAGUAAAAUGUUGACUGUGGCUUUAAAUGCUUUUUACCAAAAGCGGUGCCACUAUUACAUCAACCUCUAAGAUAUAAAACAAUAAACCACUGAGCUGUUUUUUAUGAUGAUUCGCACAUGGAUAGAUAAUGUGAUGGAGGUUGUAGAGUUUGUGAGUCAGAAUCAAAACCUAACUGUGAAACUGUCAGCCAAAAUGUGAAAUUAAAGCCAUAUAUUUUCGGUGUGAUCUGUAGGAGCUGUAAUCCAGGUGGCCAGCAUGAGUUCAUCCAGUGUUCUCAUAAAACAUGUUUAAUAAAUACUACAGUGAUAUUUCUUACA